UUAAGGGAAGGGCUAAGGGUGAGAAGUAAUUUGAGGAAGAUGAGUUGGUGUUCCCCACCAGUAUGUGCAUCCCUCUCCUCUCCGCAGUUUCAACUUCCACCGUCUCGCACGCCCACUCCUUCUCCCAAUUCGCUUUCUUUUUCAUGGCUUUCUUCAUUUCCCAUUUUAACUUCAACUGCCUCUCGCUCCGCCAAAAACCCUCCCAAUCCCUCACGCUCCGAUGAUUCGUUCAUUCGAGCUGCCUGGACCCGAAGAUCUCGAAGUGAAGCUGCGAAGAAACCUAACAGGAAAUCAUGGAAGCAGAGAACAGAUAUGUACAUGAGACCUUUCUUAUUAAAUGUUUUCUUCUCAAAAAGAUUUAUUCAUGCAAAAGUGGUACACCGAGGAACAAGCAAAGUGAUAUGUGUUGCUACCACAAAUGCCAAGGAUCUUCGAAACUCCCUUCCAUCCUUGAUAGAUCAUAAUGCUUGUAGAGUAGUUGGAAGGCUUAUUGCUGAGCGAUCAAUGGAAGCUGAUAUAUAUGCAGUGGCCUAUGAACCGAGAAAGGAUGAAAGGAUUGAAGGUAGACUAGGGAUCGUUCUUGAUACUAUAAAAGAAAAUGGGAUUAUUUUUGUUUGAGCUCAUUUCCUAUUAACUAAGGCUGUUUUAAUGUAGCCUCCUUGUAUGGUUUGUUACAAAUUGUAUUUGAUUGUUUGUGGAUCUUUUGUGCAUUAAUUUGCUAGUAGAUGAAUCAAAAUCUCGUGGUUUUUAUAUUGAGUUA